ACAGUCCCCCUCCCGCUCUCGAAUGCCACCGUCCGUCCUGAAGAGGGUGGUAAACCUCACUAGCCUCCUGUUUCUCUGGCGUUUCACGACCCGGGCCGCGAGUUUCGUGCCGCCGAGCCGACCCUUUUCAAGGCCAACGUCCUUGCAACCACGGCACCCCUCCUCGAGCACAUCCCUCCAGUCUGACGUGUGCUUCCCCUUCACCACCACAACGGCCGCCAUUGUCGCCGGCCGCCGCCGUAAGUAUCACCCUGCUGCCGGUGUCGAUUCUGGUCCUCGACGCAGUGGUGCUUCUCCCGCUUCCCUCUGUGCUGCUGCUGCUGCUGCUGCUGCUGCUGCCGGUACAGACGAGACCGACACCAUGGCCUUGGAGUCCGACAUGCCGGAGUUGAAGGUUGUGACGGUGGACCAGGUUCCUACGGUCAAGGCGGACCCCGUGGACCCUGUUGCUCGGGAGCAAGCGAAGGCGAUUGUCGACGACGUGGAGAGCGGCGGGACCAAGAGCCUGGUUGCGCAGGCGCUGCGACUGGGGGACAUCAAGAGCGAGAGCGACCCGUUGGUGCUGGGGCCAGCCGAGAUGAAGGCGGCGUUCGACGAGCUCCCCGAGGAGGACAGACAGGUUCUCGUCAGAACCAAGGAUCGCGUGGAGACUUUCGCGAAGGCGCAGCGCGCCGCCCUCACCGACGCUUCCGUCCCCAUCCCGGGCGGCAUGGCUGGUCACACCGUCAGCCCCAUGUCCGUCGCUGGCUGCUACGCCCCCGGCGGGCGGUACCCCCUGCCUUCGUCCGUAAUCAUGACGGCCGUCACCGCGAGAGCCGCCGGGGUUCCCAAGGUGGUUGUGGCAUCGCCGAGGCCCGCGGCCGCGACGGUGGCGGCGGCCCACGUGUCCGGGGCGGACGCUCUGCUCUGCGUGGGAGGGGCCCAGGCGGUGGCCGCCAUGGCUUUCGGGGUGGGCGGGGUGCCUCCGUGCGACAUCAUCGUGGGCCCGGGCAACAAUUGGGUCACCGCUGCCAAGUCGCUCGUCUCGGGAAGGUGUGCCAUCGACAUGCUGGCCGGGCCCAGCGAGGUCCUGGUCAUUGCGGACUCCACGGCGGAUGUCGAGACCGUCGCGGCCGAUCUACUAGCCCAGGCGGAGCACGACACAGAGGCGAGGCCCAUCCUGGUGAGCACGAGCGAGUCGCUGGUGGCGGAGGUGAACGCUUGCGUGAAGAAGCGGCUGGCCGUGUUACCGACGAGGGACACGGCCUUGCAAGCCGUCAAGAAGGGAUUCGCCGUCGUCUGCAAGGACAUCGCCGAAGCGGUAGCGGUCAGUGAUCUAGUGGCACCGGAGCACUUGGAGAUCCAGACGGAGGACUCGCAGAAAGUGGCAGACAGCUGUCUCCACUACGGUGGCCUCUUCAUCGGGCGACGGGCGGCCGAGGUGCUGGGCGACUACGGCGCGGGGCCGAACCACGUCCUGCCCACCGGCGGCACCGCCAGGUACACUGGAGGGCUGUCAGUCAUGACCUUCCUACGCGUCAGGACGUGGAUGCGAAUCGACGAGGCGCAGCCGUCGCAGGCUCUUGUCCGGGACGCGGUCCACCUUGCCAGGAUGGAGGGGCUGGAGGGACAUGCCCGAGCGGCCGAGUGCAGGCUAGACUAAGCCGGGACGCAACAGGAUGCCCGAUCGAGCGUUUGGGUUGUCCCUAGAUUUGUCGCGAACACUCUUGCGUCGCGCCCCCAAGCGGUUGUCGUCGGCUUUUCUCGUUUCCUUUUUUUGGUUUGAACGUCAUCGAUUUUCCGACUGGCUGGCUGAUCGGCACUGGUUGCGUGGUGUCAUGUUUUCGGUGACUUUGAUCGUUUUUUGCGGUUUUGGCGGUCGAACGAGACCUAAGCACAAAGGUGCUACAACAGUGACAGAGGUGCUAGCGCCAGGGACGGCGGUAGGGUUGCAUAAUCCUUCUUCUGCAUUACCUUCUAGUUCCCGUUCGGGCUUCAUGAAGUUCUUGUCCACAAGAAAACACGUCAAGACCAGCAUUAGUUGCGCAACAAUGCCUGAUGUUAGGCGCGAGAAACGUCUGGGUUACAUGGAUCUUGGGAGAGACUCGUCUCUUCGGCCGAUUGGAACAGACGCAAAGCGGCUUCGCUUGCCGCAUACUGGAGAUGGAGAUGCUUCGCAUGCGACGUAUCCGGCACGAGAGAUGGUUUGUCCUCACUCAGGGCGAGAAAAAGUGUCGCGUGGCGACCGCAAACAAUU